AUGAUGACGUGCCGUCUGCUGUGCGCCCUGUUGGUGCUUGCCCUGUGCUGCUGCCCGUCCGUGUGCGUGACAGCAACUGGUGAAAAACAAGAAGGGGCCAACGGUUCAACGGCUGCUCAGCCACCGGAAGUAGGUGUUCCAGGACCCAAUGGGACAGCGCCCCUAAGUCAGCCCAGUACUGUACAGACACAAGGUGAAAUCCUCACAUCACAAGGAUCAAGUGCGGGAGCCGAUACCGGAAGAAGUACAGGUGAGGCGGCUGAUACGCCAGAGAAUUCAGGUCCAACAAUUCCGGUGUCUGAUACAGAACAGGGACAGGAUGGAUCCGGUGGGUCAGGGAGUUCAGAUACAACAAGUUCGGAGUCCAUUCCAAUACAGGAACAGCAACCAAGUGGGUCGAAUAGCCCGGCAGCAGCAUCAAGUUCCGUGACCGCGCCUGUAUCGGCACAAAGUGAGAAGGAAAAUGCGCCAACAACAACAACAACAACCACGAAUACGACAAAAGCACCAACUGCCACCACCACUACGACUACAGAGGCGCCAACUACAACGACCACUCGCGCACCGUCACUUCUUCGCGAAAGCGACGGCAGCCUCAGCAGCUCUGCGUGGGUGUGUGCCCCGCUGCUGCUCGCCGUAUCCGCGCUGGCGUACACCACUCUGGGCUGA